UCCUCCCCGGCCGCCUGGCGCACGGGGCAGGGGUGCCAGCAUGCAGGCCCCGCAGAAAGAGCACUUGUACAAGCUGCUGGUGAUCGGCGACCUGGGAGUGGGCAAGACCAGCAUCAUCAAACGCUACGUGCACCAGAAUUUCUCCUCGCACUACCGAGCCACCAUCGGCGUGGACUUCGCGCUCAAGGUGCUGCGCUGGGACCCGGAGACCGUGGUGCGCCUGCAGCUCUGGGACAUCGCGGGUCAAGAAAGAUUUGGAAACAUGACUAGGGUCUAUUAUCGAGAAGCUAUGGGUGCAUUUAUUGUCUUCGAUGUCACCAGGCCAGCUACAUUUGAAGCAGUUACAAAAUGGAAAAAUGAUUUGGACUCAAAAUUAAGUCUCCCUAAUGGCAAACCAGUUUCAGUGGUAUUGUUGGCCAACAAAUGUGACCAGGGGAAGGAUGUGCUCAUGAACAAUGGCCUGAAGAUGGACCAGUUCUGCAGGGAGCAUGGUUUCGUAGGAUGGUUUGAAACAUCAGCAAAGGAAAAUAUAAACAUCGACGAAGCCUCCAGGUGCCUGGUGAAGCACAUACUUGCAAACGAGUGUGGCCUAAUGGAGUCCAUUGAGCCAGAUGUUGUGAAACCCCACCUUACACCACCCAAGGCUGUCAGCUGCUCUGGUUGUGCCAAGUCCUAGCAGGCUUCUUUGCUGGAAGAUCCUAGAUGUCAUCUCAUCAUCUCCUGAAUCGUGCCUCAUUUUUUACCAUUUUGGGUAAAUGUCAGGAUAGGGCUACACAUGUGACAAACCAAAGAUCUAUGCCUGUGUCUUUUGUGUAAGAGAGAGAGAUAGCAAAUGUUCUUUUUAUGUAUUUCCCAGCACCAGCACAGUGUUUACAGUCCUUUUAAAUAUUUAGUCUGUUACAGAAUUGUGUUUCAGCAGCUGACCAAAAAUUCUGCCAUUCCAAAGCCAGCCCUGCUAUUUGCUUCUUUGAACCAGUCGAGGCCUCAGGUUUUAGAGAAAGGGCAGAGUAGCAGACUGGCUGUCAAGUUAAGCACAGGCAUUCAUGUUGCCCCUGGUGUCUUUGUCCAGAUUUCUAUACAUUGUCUGCUGGUUUGACAGGCCUAUUGAGUAGAAACAGUAUUUUUUCCAAAGAUAACUUCCAUUCUCUACAGAGCUAAGAGCUAUCCCGAUUUAGCUCUCAGAGUCAUGUACACAGGCUUCCUGGGCUUUGUUGCUGUUAUUGUCUGUUUAACUGAAAACUGUAUGAAAAGAUAGAUGUGCCCCUUAUAUGUGCCCUUUUGUUAACUUUCUCAGAUUCAAGUUGUGGGACUCGUAUGUAUGUGUGAUAUAUAUUAUAUAUAUUUUCACAAGUGAAAACUAAAACAUUAAAAGAUGUUGAU